AACGAGAGGAGGAAAUCUGAAGGAAAGGAUUCAACUGAACACUUCUUACCUUAUCCUUAAUUCACCCGCAGAGCACGAUGGCUGAAGCAGACAUUGCACUUAUUGGUUUGGCUGUUAUGGGUCAGAACCUCAUCAUGAACAUGAACGACCAUGGCUUUGUGGUCUGCGCCUACAACCGAACUGUGUCCAAGGUCCACGACUUCCUGCAGAACGAGGCUAAGGGCUCCAAAGUGAUCGGAGCGGAGUCCCUGGAGGACAUGGUGUCCAAGCUGAAGAAGCCCAGGAGGAUCAUCCUGCUGGUCAAGGCUGGACAGGCUGUGGAUGAUUUCAUUGAUAAACUGGUUCCCCUUCUUGAAGCUGGGGAUAUCAUCAUCGAUGGUGGCAACUCUGAGUAUAGAGACACAACGCGGCGGUGUAAGAGUCUGAAAGAGAAAGGCUUGCUGUUUGUUGGGAGCGGAGUGAGCGGUGGCGAGGAGGGCGCACGUUAUGGACCAUCACUCAUGCCGGGAGGACAUAAAGACGCCUGGCCACACAUAAAAGACAUUUUCCAAAGCAUCGCUGCUAAAGUCGGAACAGGAGAGCCGUGUUGUGACUGGGUUGGAGAUGAAGGCGCAGGCCACUUUGUGAAAAUGGUCCACAACGGCAUCGAGUAUGGAGACAUGCAGCUGAUCUGCGAGGCCUACCACCUAAUGAAGGACGUUUUAGGGAUGGACCAUGACGAGAUGGCACAGGCUUUUGAUAGCUGGAACAAGACAGAACUGGACUCCUUCCUGAUUGAGAUUACAGCCAACAUCCUUAAGUACCGGGACGCUGAUGGUCAGCAUCUGCUGCCCAAAAUUCGGGACAGCGCUGGACAAAAAGGCACAGGGAAGUGGACGGCUAUUUCAGCACUGGAGUACGGCACACCUGUCACCUUGAUCGGGGAGGCUGUCUUUGCCAGGUGCCUGUCGUCUCUGAAGGAUGAGCGGGUGCAGGCCAGCCGCAGCCUCUCGGGCCCGCAGGGGGUCAAAUUCAGCGGCAACAAGGAUGCGUUCCUGGAGGACAUCAGAAAGGCCCUUUAUGCCUCCAAGAUCAUCUCGUACGCGCAGGGCUUCAUGCUGCUGCAGCAAGCAGCCAAAGAGUUCGGCUGGUCACUCAACUACGGUGCGAUCGCCCUGAUGUGGAGAGGAGGCUGCAUCAUCCGAAGCGUUUUCUUGGGUAAAAUCAAAGAAGCGUUCGACAGAGACUCAGACCUGCAGAACUUGUUGCUGGACAGUUUCUUCAGUAAAGCUGUGCAAGACUGUCAGGAGUCGUGGCGCAGAACGGUUGGCGUUGGAGUCCAGCAUGGCAUCCCGAUGCCCUGCUUCACCACAGCCCUGUCCUUCUACGACGGUUACCGACACGAGAUGCUGCCCGCCAACCUGCUGCAGGCUCAAAGGGAUUAUUUCGGAGCCCACACAUACGAGCUGCUAUCAAAGCCCGGUCAGUACAUCCACACUAACUGGACCGGCCACGGUGGAAACGUCUCCUCGUCUUCCUACAACGCUUAAUGAGCAUUCUCUCAUCGUUCUGUAAAAUACACAGAUUAGUAGGAUGUUAACUGCAGCAGGACACGUUUCAAAUCCCACCACCACCUGCUCCAUUAACUUGUCUCAGAGAUUAUAGUUUUAUUUAUAAAGAAACUGUACAAACCCUCCUCGUCUUUUGUGACGUAGCAA